AUGAAGAGAUAAUCAUAGUAAACAAACAAAAGCAUGGCAAAUCAUAAAGGAAGCCAAGUGCUAAAUAAAGGAUUUGAAAUUUUUUAGCGUAAUUAGUAGUAGGAAUAAGAUUAGAGUAAAUAGCGCUAAUCUAUUUUAAUUAGAACUCUACCAUUCAUAAAACGCUAGCAUACAGAAGAAAACCUACCUAACAACAAGUUGGGAGGAGGAAUUCCAAAUUCACAUAAUUUGAAUACUCCUAAGGAGAUAGAAGAAUAAAAAGAUGCAACCAGCAAAAUUAACAUUGAUUUUCCCUAAAUUGAUUAAUAGAUAUCACCUAGAAAUUAGAUGAUGUCUCCAAUGGAAUCCAGAAAUCCUUCAAGAUAAUCUUUACGUUUAUAUGUUCAUAAUGUUGGUUAAGGAUUUGCUAAAUUACCUCAGCAUCGCCAUAGCAGCUAUUCUGUCAAAAAUUUAAAUAAAGUAGGAGGAAGAUUAAGCAUGGAAUCACCAUUAUAGCAUUUAUCUAAUUUUGGAUAUAUGACUUAUUCUUAAUUUUAAUCUUCCUAAACUCCUCAAGCUACAGCCUAUUAUUCUACCUAAGCUGAGAGAUUUUCAACCCAUCAUCCUUCAAACGCUUAUCAAAAAUAAUAACUUGCAGAUGAAUAAUCACCUAAUUACUCUGAUGAUUACGAUACUAACAAUUUUAAUGAAACCUAGAAAUAAUUCUUUGAAAACUUUAUGUAAGAAACAAAGCCACUAUUUCCAAACGACAUGCCUGUCUUAAAUGAAAAUUAAAUAAACGAAGAUUAUCAAUUUUAAUUUCAGACAGACAUUAACAAACUAGAAAAUCCUAAUUCUUCAAUUGCUUUUUUAAAUGGAUUUCCUCACAACUUUCCACUUAUUGAGAACCAUUAUAAAGCAGCAGUGAAAUUUAGAGAUGAAUACAAUUAAUUGAAAGAUGAAUUAAGAAAAGAAAUAGAGGAGAUGAAACAAAAAUAUGAAAAGGAUGUUGAUGAUUUUAAAAACGAAGCUAAGAAAACUUCUUAAAAAAUAGCUGCAGAGAUUCAGGAAGAUUUUGUAAAGCACAAAACAGAAUAAUUUUCAUUAAAUAAAGAAAUAGCCAAAUUAACUAGAGAUAAAAACUAGCUAGAAAGCGAAAUAGAAACCUAACUCAGGAGAGUAAGACAACUCGAGGAUAAAUUAUAUGGAUAAGAAAUAUUUAAUUUAGUUCCUAAAGAUCCCUAUAUAUAAAAUAUGACUACCCAAAAUCAAAGGUAAGAUAUGUAUACACCAAUGUCAUCAAAGAGAUAAACUUAAACUAUAAAAAACAUAAUUCACUGA